AUGCCAGAAUUCACGGACAUACAUGUGUGUACACAAGUAUCUGGCAAAUUUUUGUGGUUUUGCAAACAGCUUAGAUUGAGAGUGAUUGGUUUUUUCUCUUCAUUAUCUAUACUGUCAUCCAUUUCAGUUCCUCUUCUGGGCGCACAAAUCAGCCUAGAAUUCUUCCAACGUCGUCCGCGCCCAUGGCCGUUGCCGGUCGAAUCUGUCGCGUGGGAGCGUUGGAUUCUGUUCCUUGACAUCUUCAAGGCAAACUCAUACGAUGAUCUUGCUCGUAUGCGAGUUUCCGUUGCUGAGAGUGUUGGCGAGAUCGUGCUGCAGCUUUGCAGUUCGAUAAAUAGACCUCAGUACUUGCCAAAGAUGCCUACAAGGACUGAACUGUCAAACGUAUUCGAUUCAAAUCUGUCGGACUGCCAGCCCUACUUGUUCAAAGUGUGUCGUGUACCUAUUCGGCCAGAAACCACUUCACAAUCUGGUUUAACUGGUAUGCGGAGAUACAUUCGUGAUCUUAUGAUCAACUAG